AAGAGACACAGAAUAUUAUGGAUGAAUUGUCUGUUUAUUACUUGGGGAAAAAGGACGGUGAAAAUCAAAAGGCGUUAAUGAAGGAAUCAAACGAACUAGAACUGGAAUGUCAACAAGCGAUCGAAAAGGCACAGGCUGUUCUGAUCUCAGGAUGUUUUGAAAGCAACGCUACAGUCAGUCAAGACAAUGAUAAUGACGAGGUAACUAAUGGUACCAGUUCUACUGCGAGUAAUUUGAUGAACGAAGGACAGACACAACCCACUGUGACCAGUAACACUGAGCAACAAGCAGUGCAAGGCGCAAUCGAUCAAGGCGCAAUAGGAACUAGUAUGAUACAGCAAACAGUGGAGCAGAAUCAAUCGAGUUCAUCAAGUCCAACACAUACACCAUCGUACACGGGAGGUUCAGUUCUAAACCGCCAUUUAAAACCACUAAGAGUACCUGAUUACAAUGGAAAUAAAGCAAAGUUUGAAGAAUUUUGGAGCCUAUUUGAAAGUUUAGUUGACAAAUCGAACGAGCCGGUGCAUCUAAAGAUGGCAAGAUUGCGACAGAGUUUGUCUGGUCGAACUUUGGAAGCGAUUCGUGGUUUAGGAGUAUCAGCACCCGAGUAUGAUGAAGCGAAAGAAAUAAUUCAGUCGAAAUUUGGUGGGCAGCGACGUAAAUUGAGAGGUUACAUGGAUGAAUUGGAGAAUAUGCCGACUAUGCGUAACAAUGAUGUUAAUGCCUUUGAAAAGUUCGCUGACCUAGUUAGGGUAACAGUUGCGAAAUUGAGAGCUGAUAAUCAGAAUUAGGAGAAGGAACUUUGCAUCGACAGCUUGUGAAGAAAUUAUCGGAUCGACAGUUGGAAAGUUAUAGUCGAUGGUUAAGCACUCGCAGCAAGGAACAGUCUGUUAUAUGUUUGUGUGACUGGUUGAAGGAAGAGGUGACUAUUAAAGUGGAAGCUGCAGAAAUGGCUUAUGGUCUGGAGCAGAAAUAUGCUGAGUCAAAGGGAUACCAGAACAAGGGUGAUAAGCCAGGAUUUCGGUCAUACCGUACUGGAAAGCAGGGAAGCUAUGAGUCAUACCAACCAAAUAUGUCGGGAAACGCAGUGGAUACAAAGCCGCCUUGUGCAUUUUGUGGUCGUACUGGGCAUGGUAUCUGGAGUUGCCACCAGUUUCAACAAAGACCAGUAUUAGAUCGCUGGAAAACUGCUAAAGAGAAACAGUUAUGUUUUCGGUGCCUUGCCACUGACCACCAUGGUAAAGAUUGUCGAAGGUCACGCCAGUGCAACAUAGGUGGGUGUCAACUUACACAUCAUCGAUUGCUUCAUGACCCAGAACACAAAAGCAACAAACCAGACCUUCCAGAGGAGAAGGUCGAGUUCAAAUCCCCACGGGAGGGGGUAAUGGAUGAAGCGAGAGUGGUUACCACGACAACUGGUGAAUCUAACCAUAAAGUACAGAUGCAUUCUCUGAGAACAAUCCCUGUAUGGAUAAAAGCAAAUGGAAAGAGAAUUAAGGUAAACGCAGUACUUGAUGAUGCUUCGAACGAAACCUUCCUAAACGAAGAAGUCGCCGGAUUUCUUGGGUUAAGCGGUAAAUGGCAAGAUGUGCAAGUCCAUGUGUUGAAUGAUGCAGUGGAGACCUUUAAAUCCAUACCUUUGCAAGUCGAGAUUGAGAGUACAGAUCGUCAGUUUUCGAAAGAAAUUAAUGUUAUAACUUGCCCACAUGAAGUUACUGGGAACUACCGUGUAGUAGAUUGGAACCAAUACCAGAAGGAUUGGCCACACUUACGUCCGUGCAACUUCCCAACGCCAGCGAAAAAGACAUUCGUUGACCUGUUGAUUGGAGUGGAUAAUCCAGAAUUACACUUUUCCGUAGUUGAUUUUCAAGGAUCGCAAGGCGAGCCAGUGGCACGACGGGGACAACUCGGAUGGACCUGUAUAGGACCCCCAGAGAAGAAUGGAAAAUCAAUCGUGAGAUCGCGUGUGAUGAGAACACUUUGCACGAAACAGGCAACAAUCUUCGCCAAUCCAGACUGCUGUAACCUGGACGAAACAUUAAGAAAUUUUUGGGAGAUUGAACGUGGAGGAACCGAGGUGAAUACAAAGAUACUAACACAAGAGGAAAAGUCAGCCCUUAGUAAAGUUGGAGAGUCGUUGCGGAUUGUUGAUGGAAGAUAUGAAGUCGGAACACCGUGGAAGAAAGCACAACCACAGUUGCCAAACAACCGGACUAUGGCUAUCACACGCCUGCGUUCUACGGAGAAAAAUCUAAUGAAGAAUCCGACCGUUGGUGAAGAGUACCAAAGCACUAUCGAAGCAUACUUGAAGAAAGGCUACCUCCGAAAGAUUGAUCCAGCCAAAGAACUGCCUGGAGCUUGGUACCUGCCUCAUUUUCCCAUUGUUAGAAUGGAUAAGUCUACAACCAAAGUUCGCAUAGUUUUUGAUUGCUCAGCUAAACAUGAUGGGAUUUCUCUGAACGAUGUUAUCCAUGCUGGUCCAAAACUGCAGCAAGAUCUGUUCAAUGUCCUGAUGAGAUUCCGUCGUAACCCUGUAGCUGUUGCUUGUGACAUUAAAGAAAUGUAUCUUCAGAUAGAAAUUCCUAUGGAAGACCGCCCAUAUUUCAGAAUGCUCUGGAGAGAUCUUGAUCCUGGACGUGAACCGGAGGAAUACGAGUUCAGCAGAGUUGUUUUUGGUAAGAAUUCCGCGCCCAUGGAGGCACAGUUUGUCGCCCAGGAGAACGCUCGAAAGUAUCGGGAUCUUUACUCAUUAGCCGCAGAGACAGUAUUGAAAUCCACCUACAUGGAUGACUCUAUUGACAGUGUAGAAAGUGAAGAAGAAGGUGUGAAGUUGUAUCACGAGCUGAAAGAACUUUGGGCAAAAGCAAGUAUGGAAGCCAGAAAGUGGGUAUCCAACUCGCCUAAGGUAUUAGAAGUGAUUCCAGAAAAGGAUCGAGCCUCCGAGAUCACCAUAAACGACGGUGAAAACCCCACAACGAAAACACUCUGACUUGCUUGGAACAGUCAGAAAGAUGAAUUCAAGAUUCCGACAUCAGAAAUGCCACGAUUACAGAUAACCAAGAGAAACGUAUUGAAGAAGAUCGCAACGAUAUUUGAUCCACUUGGAUUCAUUAGUCCAUUUAUCGUCAUUGCCAAGAUACUACUGCAGGAACUGUGGUCUAGAGGUUAUGGAUGGGACGACGAGAUUAAAGAUGAAAUUGCUUUGAGAUUGGAACAGUGGUUUCAUCAGUUGCCUAUGCUGAACACGGUGACAGUACCGAGAUGUCUUCGUGCUGCAGAGCCAGUUCGUUCGAAGGAAAUUAUUACAUUCGCAGACGCUUCGAAAGAUGCCUAUGGUGCUGUGGUGUAUAUCCGACAUGAGUACGAGAACGGAGCAGUUACCUGUCGCCUGGUAGCUUCAAAGUCUAAGGUGGCACCUCUUACCCCAACAACUGUUCCAAGAUUGGAGCUGAUGGCAGCUAUCAUGGGAUUGCGGUUAACUCAAUCAAUCGUCCAAGUCUUGGGCACUCCAAUGCGAGAUGUGUCGUUUUAUUCAGAUAGCAUGGAUGUACUGUGGUGGAUUCGUGGAAGAGGCAAAGAUUUCCGAGCCUUUGUGGCGAACAGGAUUGGUGAAAUUCAGAGUGGUUCGGAUCCAGCCCAGUGGCAGCAUGUACGUACAGAUCAGAAUCCAGCCGACUUAUGUACGAGAGGCGCAAGUCCAACGCAGCUUGCUGAGAGUUCGUUUUGGUGGGAAGGCCCAAAUUGGCUGAUGAAAGGUCGUGACCAGUGGCCAAAGAUGAAGACAGAAAACCGCCCCGAGAACCCACCAGAGAUCAGAUCGACUCAUGCCAAAAGCGUCAGCAACAUCACAUUAUCAACAUGUGCAGAAAAGAAGUUGGAUUCCGAACAGGAGCAGAACGAAUGGAGAUUGGAUCCGAGACGCUUUUCCGAUUGGUCGCGGUUGACAAGGUUACAAGCCAGAGUUCGAAGAGCGCUGUUCAACAUGCGUCAUAAGGGCCAAAGACGAACUGAAAAGGAACUGACUUCAGAAGAACUCAGGGAAGCUGAAAUGGAAGUCAUUCGUGCCGCUCAGAGUGAAGUUUUUGGUGCCGAGUACAGUGAAAUCAAGAAAGGAAGACCUGUUUCUGCGAAGAGUCAGCUUGUUAAAUUGAAUCCCAUAAUUGAUGCAGAUGAAGUUAUCCGAUCACAAGGGCGUCUCAGUUUCGCAGAGCAACUAGCUACCGUAUGACGUGCGAAGUCCAAUUAUCCUGCCACGAGGACAUUGGGUUACGAGAUUGAUAGUAAAACAUUACCACGAGAAAGCGAACCAUGCAGCUGGAGUAAAUUUCAUUCUCAGUCAACUGAGUGAAAGAUUUUGGAUCAUUGCGGCACGUGAGGAAAUUCGAGAUUGGGAAAACCAGUGCUACGGUUGCAGAAGAAGACGGAAUAAGCCAGCCAGCCAAGUGAUGGCCCCGCUUCCAGGUGUGAGAUUGCGAUUCACCUAUCGGGCGUUUGAUCAAUGUGCAGUAGAUUUUGGUGGUCCGUUUAUUACCAUUCAGGGUCGUGGUCGAAAGAGACAGAAGCGGUAUCUAUGCGUGUUCACAUGUCUAUCAGUCAGAGCUGUACACCUGGAGAUGGCAUGGUCGUUGGACACAGAUGCAUUCCUUAAUGCAUUCGCUCGAUUUACCAGCAGGAGAGGAGUACCCAAGGAGGUUGUAAGUGACAAUGGUACUAACUUCGUUGGUGCGGUAAACGAACUGAAGGAGCUUGCUGGUCAGUUAGACGAAGAGAAAAUCAAACGGAAAACUUCGGAUAAGAGAGUUCGAUGGUUGUUCAACCCGCCUGCCGCCCCACACUUCGGGGGAGCUCACGAAAUAAUGGUAAAGGCUGCAAAGAAAGCGAUAUACGCAGUAUUAAGCAACAGUGAUGUCAAUGAUGAGGAAUUGAUCACCAUCUUUACCGGAGCUGAGAGUCUUAUAAAUUCCAGACCGUUAACGUAUCAGUCUGCCGAUGUUCGUGACUUAAUCCCGCUGACUCCAAAUCAUCCUUUAUGGCCAGAUGGGUGGUCAGUUUGCCCCUGAAGCUGAAGAAACGACUGGAUUUCAUCCACAGCAACGGUGGAGGAAAGUGCAACAUCUAAUAUCGUUGGUAUGGCGACGCUGGUUGAAGGAGUAUUUACCGAUGCUUACUAUCCGUCCUAAAUGGACACAAGUGGUCAAGGAUUUGCAAAUCGAUGACGUUGUGUUAAUUGUGCAGCCAAAUCUUCCUCGAGGACAGUGGGCGUUGGGGAGAAUUCUUAAUACCUUUCCAGGCAAGGAUGGACACAACAGAGUUGCUAGUUCAAGUACAAAUUGGGGACAAAAGUCUGAUGCGACCAAUACACAAGUUGGUUCCCUUAAAUUGUUGAAACGUUGUCAGUUGAUAUAUAUAUAUAUAUAUAUAUAUAUAUAUAUAUAUAUAUAUAUAUAUAUAUAUAUAUAUAUAUAUAUAUAUAUAUAUAUAUAUAUAUAUAUUUCUAUUCGCACUUGAACUAGAUGUUCCCAGUGCGGGGAGGGGGAAUGUUAAGGAGAGUGGACAACUUUUACUAUAUAUAUUGUUUACAUUUAACAUUCAUAAUUAAAAUAAUUAGUGUUUUGGACGAGCAAAAGUACUGGGACGAGAGCGUGUUCGUGGUUCAAAAACGUACCGUAAAAUUGUUUAUAUGUCGAAGAACGAAAGUGUUAUUUUGAGUGUUAUUUUCUGGGUUAUAGUUUGUUAUUAAAUUCUUUAUUAUCAUACCGAGUGGAGCUAUCGUCUACUAAACACUGUAUUAAGACUAUUAAGAACUAUUACGAUAUGGAAGAGUGUAUAUAAAUUAUAAUAUUGUAUAUAAUUGUACAAUAUUUGUUGUGUGUGUCAAUUACAAAAAGCACGAAGCUAAAAUAUUUGUAAAUCUAAAAUUAAAUGUUUAAAAGGAUGAUUUGUUUUAAAAUUGGGAAUGGGGUAUUAAAUACUUUGUUUUUUUUAAUGAGUAUACUUCACAUGAUUCUUCCAGUAUGAGUUGUAAAUCUUGAAAUUAAUAAAGGAAAUUUGCAUUAUUUCGAUUUUUGUGCAGAGAAGACACAACGCCUCAAGGGCAACUUUUGAAUCAGAAAAAGGCACUUUUAUUACUAAUAUUUUUAUUAAGCAACGUCUCAUACUCUUAUUGUUUUCCAGGCGUUGACGUUUUGCACAUGUAG